GCUAAUUAUUUAUCUUAAAAUAUAUUCUCUUGUUUGAUAUUGACUGGCAAAUUGUUGAUAGAAGUAAAUCUUUUAAGAAGUGUUAUCAUAGAAACAAAGUUUGUCGGUAAUUGUUUAGUCUUAAAUUGAUUAUAUGGUUUUUGAAAGAAUCAGAAAACAAAUUCAUAAUUUUCUUGUUGAAUCAAUCAAAUAAACAUAAUGAAUAUAAAAUCGAUGCACAUUUAGUACCACUUUGUAGGACAGAUCAAAUAAUUGAUCUUUUAUCUCGGUGGUCAUUAAAACGUUUGGAACAAAUUGAUUCAACAUCAGCAUUUUAUUCAAAAUUAAUUCUUUAUCAACCUCGUAUUGUUAUUCAUUUAAUAAAAGGUGAUUUAAAUGAAAAAAAAUACAAAUAA